AACAACAUCGUGUCAGCUUGCCAAAGGACAUUUUUUAUUAUUUAUCCCGCAAACAUCAAUCAUCAACAUUUUUCUCCAAUUAUGUUUGCAUUAAAUAUCGGUCGUUGUUUGGUUUCAAGAUCAUCAGUGGCUCGAUCGGUAUUGCUAUCAUCACGUUCGAUAACAACAUCAAAUGCUCUUUCGAAAGGCACUUAUUUCAUUGUCAAUGAUUAUGAAGAAUUGACAGCAAAAAAAGUUCUCGACAAUACAAUCGGUGGUAUAAUGUAUGCUGAAUUAAUUAGCGGUAUGGGUGUCGUAUUAGGCCAAAUGUUUAAAGAACCAGCAACGAUAAAUUAUCCAUUUGAAAAAGGACCGUUAUCACCACGUUUUCGUGGUGAACAUGCAUUAAGACGAUAUCCAUCGGGUGAAGAACGUUGUAUUGCAUGUAAAUUAUGUGAAGCCAUUUGUCCGGCACAGGCUAUAACCAUUGAAGCUGAAGAACGUUCAGAUGGUAGCCGUCGUACGACUAGAUAUGAUAUCGAUAUGACCAAAUGUAUCUAUUGUGGUUUCUGCCAAGAAGCCUGUCCUGUCGAUGCUAUUGUUGAAGGACCGAAUUUUGAAUAUGCAACCGAAACUCGUGAAGAAUUAUUGUAUAAUAAAGAAAAAUUAUUAGAAAAUGGUGAUAAAUGGGAAAUGGAAAUUGCUGCCAAUCUAGAGGCUGAUCAUCUUUAUAGAUAGAUUCAUUGACUAGAUUGAUUAAUGUUUGGAAUAGCUAAUGUAUAAUUAAAUCAAAUAAUAAAAAAGAUUAACAUUAA